UUUCUAUUUAUAAAAGGGUCGAGCUAAAGAUGGAGCUUUGAGAUAAAUCGUAACAAGAAUCUCAUCAUGAAGAAGCUAGAAGCUCGUGUCGUCUUCUUCGUCCUGUUCUUCCUGCCUGGUCUGUUUGCAUCUGGAAGCCAUGGAAGCAAGCAGAGUCAUCACAGAACCGCCUUCUUCAUCUUCGGAGAUUCCCUGCUGGACGCAGGAAACAACAAUUAUAUCAACACGACAACUCUGGACCAGGCCAAUUUCUGGCCUUACGGCGAGACCUACUUCAACUUCCCCACCGGCAGGUUCUCUGACGGCCGCCUCAUAUCGGAUUUCAUAGCUGAAUAUGCGAAUCUGCCAUUGAUUGCGCCGUUUCUGCAACCUGGGAACAGGGACUACUACAAUGGAGUCAAUUUUGCUUCUGCUGGUGCUGGUGCUCUUGUUCAAACCUUUCAAGGUUCGGUCAUAUCCCUGAGGACGCAGGCGAAGUACUUCGAGAAAGUGGAGAGAAGGCUGAGGAAGGAAUUAGGAAGAAGGGAAGGCAAACAAGUGAUGUCAAGGGCGGUUUACUUGUUCAGCAUUGGCAAUAAUGAUUACCUCAGCCCCUUCCUCACUUCUCCUGACUUCCUCAACUCUUUCUCUCCUUCCCACUACGUUUCCAUGGUCAUCGGAAACUUCACCUCCGUCGUCGAGGACAUAUACCGGAGAGGAGGAAGGAAGUUCGGAGUCAUAAACUGCUUGCCCUUGGGAUGUCUUCCGGGAACCAGACUGCUGAUGCUGAACUCGAACGCUGCUGCGAAUGCGAGUGAAUGCUUUCAUCAACUCUCACGGCUCGCCAUUUUACACAAUCGAGCUCUCUCUCUUGCUCUCUCACAGUUGAGCCAACAGCUCCGCGGCUUCCAAUAUUCUCUCUAUGAUUUCCACACUGAUCUCACCCACAGGAUCCAUCAUCCCUCCAAAUUCGGAUUGAAGGAAGGAAAAACAGCAUGCUGUGGAUCGGGUCCAUAUAGAGGAGAGGCAAGUUGUGGAGGAAGAAGAGGAAAGAAGCAAUUUGAAUUGUGUGAGGAACCCAAUCGCCACUUGUUUUGGGACUCUUACCAUUUGACAGAAUUUGCUUACAAGCAGUCUGCUGCUCAACUCUGGGGUGAUCAUACCUUCAAAUCCAAUACAGCCAUGCCUUACACUUUGAGGGAUCUCUUUCAACGUUUCUAACUUUUUUUUUUCUUUUCUUUUUUAAUUUUUCUCACAGAGCAAAAUUAAUAAAACCACUCAGCUUCCAUUUC